AUGGAAAUUGGUGGAAAGAGUCUCCCACCACAGUCAAUGAGUAUCACGUUCAUCAAGGAAAAGGCAUCGGUACACUCAGGGCUACCGUCUGUUGUAAAACUUGGUUCUGUGAGCCAGUGCAAAGAACUAUCAGCCACCGACGACCCUGAGUUAAUGAACAAUAAUCGGUAUAACCCAUGCUUGUAUGGGUUCAGGGUAUCUAACUUAAGUAUUGGAAAAAAGGAACUGAUUGAUGUCGUGUACUUUGACAGUGAAACAGACGGAAGACUUUCAUUCGAGACUAAUUGUCUAUUUCCAUCUGCACCUGAGAGAGUUGAAGGAAUCAUCAUUCACCAGCCAAACGAGGUGUGGGGCUAUGACGGCACCACAUUUCUUAUUGAAAUCGUGACAGGAUACCAUGGUGAGAGCAUAACUCAAACUCAGUUUGAUUGGGUCAAGGAUGGAACAGUUGUUUCCAGCGGAUCCUCAUGUUUAUACGUCGUCAAAGAUCCUGGCACAUACCAUUGCAGAGUGACGCAUGGCAAUUUUACGGAUACAUCAAGAAACAUCAAGAUAGUCACUGUUGCCGCUGUCGAGUCUGCUGCCACCAGUUCACACAAAUCCGCCCCGCCUGAGGUCACCAUUGACGAUCUACAGAUUGAUCACCUACGUCCGCUCGGCACGGGUUCGUUCGGGACAGUUUACCGAGGAAAGUGGCUUGGAUGUGACGUUGCAGUGAAAGCCAUCAAAUUGCCGAAAAGAGUAAACCAAUCAGCCCAGGUAAUGAGAAUGGUAGAGAGUGAACCAAAUAUCAAUGCUAAGAUAAGACACCCAAACCUGGUUCAGUUCUUGGGAGUGUCGAAAGAACCUGACAUGAUAUACUUGGUCAGUGAAUUCCUUGAUGGUGCAAACAUGGAGGAUGUCAUCUUCGACGACGCCACGAAGCAGCGUAUGGGUCUAAAAAAAGCUGACAAAGUAAACGUAGCUCGCAUGUCUGCACAAGGCCUGGCAUACCUAGUGCACAACCUAGUGCCGCCAAUUAUAGACAUAGACAUUAAGCCGGCGAACAUACUAAUAAGGUAUGGAUGUUUCACGACCAAGAUUUGCGACCUCGGACUGAGCAAGAUGAAAUCCCUUACGGCAGCUACCACGACCAUGACAGGCGUGGGCGCCGGUUCUCCUGCUUACAUGGCGCCGGAAUGCCUCCUGUUGAAUGCGAAGGCGACCUUCAAUUCGGAUGUUUGGGCUAUAGGGGUUACAAUGACAGAACUUUUUACUGAGGAAGACGCCUGGUCAGCUGAUGGUGAAAUUGACCCACUGUAA